CAGCCGCAGUAGCGCGAGAGACAGCUCGAGCCGCACCAACACAGCUCAGACAAAAUCCGAAUGGAUAAUUUAAUAUUUGCGCAAUGCAUCCUUUAUUUUUUAGCCUUCGUCUUUGGCUUUAUAGCCAUAGUACCUCUGUCGGAAAACACGGAAGAUUUUCGUGGAAAAUGUCUGCUUUUUACGCGGGGUAUGUGGCAGAAUGAGAACAUCACGGUGUCUAAGCAGCGCUUCAUCAUUGAGGAAUGGGGACCUCAGUCCUCCUGCAGCUUCAUCACCGCUGUCGCCAUCGCGUCCCUCAUCCUGGCCGCCGUGCAAGCCUGGAGGCUUCUGCUCUUCAUCUGCAAAGGCCACGAUGACUCAAUCUUCAAUGCCUUCCUAAACCUGCUCAUCAGCACAUUCGUAGUGUUUGCUGUAUUCCUGUCCAGCACAAUAGUAAGUGUGGGUUUCAACCUAUGGUGUGAUGCCGUCACAGAAGGAGGCAGUAUGCCCAGCAGCUGUGAGGAUCUCCAGGACACUGAUCUUGAACUAGGGUUGGACAACUCUGCUUUUUAUGACCAGUUUGCCAUAGCACAGUUUGGGUUGUGGGCGGCCUGGCUGACUUGGCUGGGUAUCACAGUCAUGGCCUUUCUGAAGGUCUACCAUAACUACCGUCAAGAGGAUCUGGUCGACAGCUUGAUCCACGAGAAAGAGUUCCUACUCGGACGCUCAUCACGCCGGUGCUCAGAUGUGGUAGAUGAGAAAAGUGGCAUGAUAUGAUAAACUCAACAUUUUGCAACGCAACUAUUAUAGAACAUUUCCGUCAAUGUACCGUCAAGUAAAAUGUAUUCAUAAGCUUCUAAAUAUGGCUUAUUAGUUGGUGUAUUGACAACUAAUGAUUGACCUCAGUUGAGCUUAAUUGAGCCAGAUGCUUCUGAAUAACAUUUUAUUUGACUUUGGACGAUGACUGAGAAUAGACAUUCAUGUGCACUCGAUUGUUUGGACUGAGGUCAGCGAUUUCUGAUGUUGAGCUUAAAACACUAGACCCUGAACAAAAUGAAUAGUGAGCAUGAAUAAUGUAAAAGGAUAGUUCACUCAAAAAGGAAAAAUCUGUCAUUUACUUGCCAUCAUUUUGUUCUGAAUCCAUAAGCCUUUCCAAAAGAUGCUGAAUGAAACCUGUCUGUCCUGUGAAAACUUCAGAAAGUUAAUGACAACAGUAUAAAAGUAAUCCAUAUGAUUUAAGAGAUUAAUCCAAGUCUCUUAAAGAGACAUAAUCCCUUUAUAAACACUGAUCAAUGCACAUAGCACAUCAAAAAUGAUCAAUAGAAGCAAACCUCAUUGGUCUCUCCUUGGGAGUUUCCGUUUACCAUAUUUGAUGUGAUUUAUGUAUUGUACGUCUAUUGGUCAAUUUCUAUUUAAAUAAACACCUAAAGGAUAUAAAGCAAUCAUAUGGAUUACUUUUUUUGUGUCUUUAUGAACGUUUUAGUAGAGGGACAGAAAUCUCUUUAUUUGUGUUUCAAAAUUAACAAAAGUGAUAUGGGUUUAGAAUGACGUGAGGGUAAGUAAAUUAUGACAAUUUUCUUUUCUUUUUCUUGGAUGAACUAUCCCUUUAAAGGAGUAGUUAACUUUUA